GCUCGGGUCUUCAAUCUGGCAGCAACUUGUUGGUAGUUGCCAUCCUUCGCGAUUAAUGCGGCUUUUGAGCAUUGUUGAAUGGUUCUUAAUUUUAAAGACGUAUUAACCUUAAAUGUGUACUAGUCUACACAGAAUAGAUAACGUAUGUAACGUAAGCAACAUUCUAUGUUAUUGUAUAACGUGUUCACAAUUAUAAAAAAUCAAGUGAAAUUGUAGUAGUAUUUGCUAAUAUUAACUAGAAAACUAUAAAAAAAAAUAAAAAUUAUCGAUAGAUGAAACCACCAUAUACAUUAUAGUAUAGCACAUUAGAAGACUUGAAAGUCUAAUUGUAACAUUAUUGGGAAAUUAGACAAAGUUUAAUUGACCAUUACUUCUGGAAUAUAAUGGAUUACAAGAAGUAUUACAAGUCAGAUUGUGAUGGAACUUAUACUUUACAUUUCCUCAAUACGAACAAAUUUAGUCCCGAUGAAAUAAAGGAAAUAUUUUCAAAAUUUGGAGAAGUUUUAGCUGUUAAUGUUACUUCUACUGAAACUGGAUUUAGAUUUGUGAAAUAUAAAACAUUAGAUGCAGCAAAAAAUUGCUUAGAUGGCUUGAAGGAUAAUAAUGAAAUUACUAUAUUACCAGAAAAGAAAGAUCAAUACAAAAGAAUGGAUAAAAAUUCAAGUCAAAAGCAAACAGGCAACACUGACAAACAAUCUAAUGGAAACUUUAUGUAUAAUAAAAAAUUCUCAGAAACAAAAUUUCAAAAGGAAAGAUUAACUUAUAACACAAGAACUUCUAAUUAUGGUAAUAAAACUGAUGAUGCUGACAGUUUUUUAAAUACUACUUUUUCAAAUAUUGGUUUUUUAAAUACUGGUUCUGAAGCAACAAGUCAUGGCUAUAAAUCUAAUACAUAUGAAAUUAAAGCAAGUGAUAAACAAGAUGUAUUCAAGGAAAAGCAUUCAUUACCUCAAAAGAGAAGUUUUAAUAGCAAUUCUUCAAGCAAUGGAAUAAAUUAUGAAAGAUAUUAUAAACUAUUAAAGGAUGGGACUUAUAUGAUGCAUUUUGUAAACAAAAAGAAUUUCAGUGUAGACAAAAUGAGAAAUAUAUUUUCAGAAUAUGGACCAGUAUUAUCUGUAUCUCCUGGUGGAGAUAAUAAUAGACUUGUAUUUGUAAGAUAUAGAAGUACAGAUCAUAUAAUAAGCUGUCUAAACGGUUUACAAAAUAAUAAUCUGAUAAACAUACUACCACACAAAGACAAAAUAAUUCAAGCAGAUCAGAAAGAUUUAAAUCAACGGCAGAUGACAGUGGAAGAUUCACAUCAAAAGAUCCUUGAUGGAAAACAAGUUAAUUCGACAUUCACUUCUGAAACGGGAGCUAUAAGGAAGCAAGCCCAUAUUAUAAAUAAUAUAAAAACUUCUGAUUGGGAUAACAGAUCUAAUAACUCUGCAGAUAUUGAUUCUCAAAGUUCUAGGCAUAAUCAUAAAUCAAAUACAACCAAGUGUGAGAAACCUAGUUCACAGAUAGUCAAAACUAAGUUACAUUCUUCAACAAAAAUAGAAGGGAAUACUCAUAUAAAUAAGAAUAUGUGUGAUAAUAAAACAUCUAUGUUAAAUUAUGACACAGAAAUAAUGCAGAAAGAAUUUGUUUGCCCAUUACAGUCUAAGGAUGCCUCGUCUAAAAUCAGAAUUAUUCCACUCCAAGAAAUAAUUGUUGCAAACAUUCCUGGAGAUUAUGAUGUACAUUAUAUUCUACAUUUAUUUAGAAAAUAUGAUCCAAUUUCAGCAACAUUUAUAAAUGUAACUUUUGAAACUAACAUACGAUAUUGUCGCGUUUAUUUUAAAACUAUACAAGAUGCAGUAGCUGUUGAAAAAGAAUUUGAUAAUUAUGUUUUGUCUGGAAAGAAUCUUAUUGUUUUAAGAGAAUCAAAGUUGACAGAAGAAAGCUAAAGCUUUUCCUACCAUUUAGUAACAAAAUGCACUAUAUUUAGUAGAUAUUAUAUUGAACACAUCACAAUUUUUUAUAAGAAUUUGUUUUUUUUUAUUAAUUUGGGUAUUGUAUUUAUA